AUGAAUCCACCAAAUGUGGGUGUUACAAAUGUUGGGCCAAAUGGCAGGUACAUGAGUGACCAGAGACAUUUAAUGUGCCCUUCAAAGCAAGGAAUAUCUUGGCCAACUGCUGUGAGCAAAACCCAUGCUGAUAAAAUAAGAAGUGCACAUAUAAACCAACCAAGCAGAUCCUCCCAUUCUGCAGAAAAGCUUCCCAAUCAGCAGAAAAGGACAGAUUUUCCUUUACCAGCUGAGUCACCUUCACUUGUACAAGCACAGGCACAUGUUCAAGAUGAAAUAAUACUUUCAAGUAGUCCCAAAAAUAAACCUUACCAAGUCAGUUCUGAAUAUCACAACCAACCUUCACCAAAACUUUCCCAUACUGGUAAUGGAUAUAGUAGAACUGAACAAAGCACAGAUCAAAGAGAAAAAAAUGAAGAUAUGGCUGCUUCCCAAUAUUGUAACCCUCAACCAAAACAGAGUGAAGAAUCAGCACAAGAAACAGAGAUGAGGCCAUUGGGACAGACUGUCAACUACCCAAGUGAUACAACAAUUGUUGCUAGGGGUUUCUAUACACCAAGCCUUGCACAAAAUACUGACCACAAAGACUCUAUGACAGAAGAUAGUAAUUCUUCUGAUAUAAGUCAGCAAUCUACAGGAAAUAUUUAUCGAAAUCCAAGACCCUUGCCUCCAGUACCUCACUAG